AUGUCCGACUCAGUGGACAGGGUUUUCGUCCACGCGCUCAAUACCGUCAAACGCAUUCCACGCACGGGCUCCGCUCGGCCACCUCCAGCAGACCGCCUUAAGCUCUAUGGACUCUACAAGCAAAGCACAGAAGGAGAUGUCGAAGGUAUUUCACGGAGACCAGAGAGCAACGAUCCGGAAUCACUAGCCGAACAACAAAAAUGGGACGCAUGGUCCGACCAGCACUCUCUAAGCCGCACAGAAGCCAAACGCCGUUACAUCGCCACUCUCAUUGAAACUAUGCAUAAAUAUGCCACUACGACCACGGAAGCCCGAGAGCUUGUUGCCGAGUUGGAGUUCGUGUGGGAUCAGAUCAAGUCGAAUUCCGCUUCCUCUUCAUCAUCUUCGCCGGGACGCUUAACCAGGAGUCAAGGGCAGCAGAUGCUCCCAAGCUAUCCUAGCAUCGGUGGGCGUUCUGGGAGCGCGAGGGCAGCUGAGGGCGGUGGUGAGGGGCUUAGGAUUUUGAAGCCUGUUAGUGAUGGGGAGGAAGAACACGAUGAAGGCGAAGAGUUUGAGGAGACACGAGGGGGCCCGUUCGACGAUGAAGAGGCUGCCAUGGCAGUGGCAGGGCAAUCCCAGGACCUGGACGUCCGGAAUCGAAAAUGGAGAAAGAAGAUCGAACAAGCGCUUGUGAAGAUGACCACGGAAGUCGCGGCGCUGAGGGAACAGAUCGAAGCGAAAACGAUAGGGGACGGGAGGAGGCGAAACGGACUUUGGGCGUGGAUGACUUGGCUUGUGUGGGUCACCGUACGACAUCUUGUUGUGGACCUGGCUCUACUGGGUUUGCUGGUUGCUUGGGCCAGGAGAAAAGGGGAUCGGAGGGUAGAACAGGGGCUGGACUUGUUGCUGCAGUAUCUUCGCCACCGCACACGGAAAACAGGGCUGCCGGGCUUGUUGCAAAUACCAGCGCAGCGGGCAUAG